AUUUCUUAGAUUUUAAUCUCUCGUUGGAAUAUUAAUUUCGUUUCUUUCUUCUUCUGGACUUUCGCUUUGAACAGUGUCUCGUGAUCUCUGUAGAGGUUAAAUGGAUAAUGAAGAUACGGUAUACGAUUUCUAUAAGAGAUAUAAUAAAAGUAACGAAACAUCCUUAUUUGCGUACCAAUAUACACGUCCACUCUCUAUGUGUUUUCAAACAAUCACCGGCAAGAAAAGAGAAUGGAUACCGAAGUAUUGUCCAAUUUCAAGGAGGAAGUCACAUGUUGCACCUGACCUCGAGAUAUCCCUUGAAAGACGAGCACACGAGAGACGAACAGAUCAUCCUUGCCACGAUUUGCAGUGCAGCCAUCGCAGAACCAGGAUACGUGCGUUCGGUAAUUCCCUACAGUUACCUGGAAGUUUUGGACACACCGGAAGUAGCACAGGCGAAAGCAGCCCAUCUCGCGACUCAAGCGUACGAGGCGGCAAGGAACACGCUCGGAUACGCUCACGUGCCAGCUUUAAUCCAUGUUUACACACCUGUAUCUGGCGCGCCCCUCGGCGCUGAUGGAAAUGUUAUCGAUACGCCUGAGGUCGCGGAGGCGAAGGCUGCUCAUCUGACCGCUCACGCACUGGAAACUGCAAAGAAUCUAGGCCUCCAUCCAUAUGGCGCCUUGGCUUUCGCUUCGCUACCUUAUGCUUAUAGAUUUGGAUAUGGUGCCCCCAUUGGUCCUGAUGGUAGAGUGAUAGACACUCCGGAAGUCGCAGCAGCGAAAGCAGCUCAUUUGGCCGCGCAUGAAGCAGCAAAACUUGCUAAUGACCAUUGACUAUUUGAACAGAAAAAUUCGAAAGGAACAAUGACGUAAUCAUAAAAUAAUCUUCUAUUUCUUUAUUCAAUUAUUGAUUUAUCGAAAUGCAAACGAAUAAUAAAUAAUGAUCGUUGAUUCUCGUUUUAUAUAUCUUUGUCAAUAUAAAAUGAUCUUAAGAUUUUAAAAUGAUUAAAUAUUAUGACUCGAAAAAAAAAAGGAGUAACAAAAAUAAUAUGUGAUUUUUAUAUGGAUACGAUGAUGGAACUUAAUAAUAAAUAAUUUCUUUUUUACACAAA